AUGUACUUUCCACAAGCAUGCCGCUACUUUCGCAAACUUCUGAUCCCUCAAAUGGACUCGGAGCAACAGCACUUGAGAGACCUUCAGGGAAAAGCCUUCGCGGCUGCUGAUUCUCGCGACUUCGAACGAGCUGUCGAUCUGUACGACCAGUGCUUGGCCAUUCGUCUCGAAGAGGAAGACAAGCUAUCGCAAUCCACGCUCCUGAAUCAGCGCGCGCAAGCCAAUCUCAAUCUCUCUCGCUUCGAAUUGGCCGUCGAUGAUUCGAUUGCAGCGCUUGCAUGUCUGACCGAACACGACGGCGAAGAGAGCAUCAGGAAUCGACGCCUCGCGUUUCUCACCGCCGGGCAGGGAUUCUAUGGCAUGCGCUCAUUCAAGAAAGCAUCCGAGUAUGUCCAGGCGGCGGAGAAGAUCGAGCCCACGGAAGGUAGUGCUGGUAUGCUGGGGUGUAUUCAAGGUCGAUUGGCAGAGGAAACGGAGGGAUCAUACGACUUUGAGAAGAUGCUCGAGGAGCUGAUCCAGAAUCCGAUGAAUAGAGAGUUGGAUCACGCCAGCUUUAUCUCCAACACCAAUAUCGGUAUCACUCCAAACUGCGGACGAGGCCUUUUCGCCACCAAAGACUUUCACAUGGGAGAUCUCGUUCUCUGCGAGAAAGCUUUUGCUGUCCAGUUCCCAGCAGAGAUCUUGUCUGACCAGUUCCCUGAUCUCUCGUCGAAAGUCGUGCAGCUGCUGAAGUAA